AUGGCUGUACUUUCUUCUUCAAACCCAUCCUCACUAUUUUCCUACGUUGGUCUUGCCGUCACCAUAUUCGUAUUCACCUCCAGCGUUCUUUGCAUCAGUGUCGCUCUCUACCGUCGCCAACAAGCCGAAAAAUGGGACAGACGACGCAGACAAGCCAUCAUAUCACCAGUGUUGUCACGAGACUGGAAAUCGUCGUCCCUCACAUCUCCACGUCGACUUCUCCUUGCGUCUCCCGGUGAGAAGCAGAACUACAGCAAGUCUGAUAUCAAAGGCUCUUCGAGUCCCCACACAUCUUUCGAUCACACUAAUUCUACUAAGCCUCUUUUCGCCGAUCGUCGCAAUCCGAAGGUUCGGUUCGGGAAACCCGCUCCUUUGAUCGUUGGGAGACCAAACAGCAUCCAAGAGCGGAUCACAUCGGUGAUGUCCAAGGAGAUGAUCCCAACUAAUAUUCCGGUCAUCGCUCUGACUCUUCCGAGCCCCUCCUACGAUCCUGCCAUGUGGGUCGAUCACCAGUCACGCCGUUCAAGCCACAGGAGUAUAGUCUUCACAUUCGAGGGAGAAUAUUUGAGCGCGCCGCUAUAG